CUCUUUUCUUUCCUUUCCUUUCACCUCCCACCCGACUCAUCUGUCAUUUUCCCUUCCCUUCUACCCAUCUUCUUGUCUGCGCGUCCUCUUAGUUUUGCAGUGCUACUUGCUUUCUGCUCCUCUUUGUCGCCUGCUCUUCUCGGAGUUUCUCGAGUUCGCGCCGUGAUCUGUGGCUUUUGGCUAUAUCCAUCUAGCCCCCAUCUACAACCUGCGCAUUUGAUCCGGUACGUCAAGCUCUUUUGUAUUCUGCACCCUCAAUUCCUCGACCGGUCCUGGCCUCAGUCUUGCCAUUGCAUCCAAUGCAAGCCCCGACGUUGUGGCGACGGCGCAGCUUCGCCGACAUUCUGCCUCAGCCUUCCUCGGCCUUUUCGCUGCGACUCGCGACCAGUACCAGUACCAGUACUGGCGCAACUGGACUGCGACAAAACACGACUCUAAGUAGACAUUAACGCGACAUGACAAUCCCACAUGCCCUCAAAACAGAUCGUAACUGUUCAGUCAAACUACCCGCCAAUCACCAUAGUCGCCUUCCCACAAUCUUCAAAAUCUUCACUUCACCUUGUCACUAUCACCAUAGCGCCAUCAAUCCACUUCAGAUCCAAUCUCCUCCAACAACCUUCCGUCUUGCCUUGCAGCUCGCGACCUUUCAAAAUCUGCCAUUAGGUUAUUGUUCUGCGACAAGAGUGGGCUUAGUGUUUCGCUUGCUCAAGUGUACAUUCAUAAUCUUCGCACUUCAAUACACGAACAUCCUUCUUCAGGACCUCACUUCUGGUUACUCUCUGUCCGCUGAUCCUCAAAAUGUCUUUCGAAUUCGGUCAAUUUCCCAACAGCCAGCAGGAUGGCGCUCCUGGUCAAGGUCCUCCUCCUCAGGACGGCGCCGCCCCCGGCCAGCAGCAAGAUCCUUCUGGGCAGCCCCCCAUGCAAUUCCAGUCCCCUGAUGGAAGCGCUCCUCAACAAGCUGGCCCUGGUGGCGAAGGCAAAACCACUCUUUGGAUGGGUGAACUCGAGCCUUGGAUUGACGAAAACUUCGUCCGCAACCUCUGGUUUCAGAUGGGCGAGCAAGUCAGUGUCAAGAUGAUUCGAGACAAGUUCUCUGGCAAUGCCGGAUACUGCUUCGUUGAUUUCUCAUCUCCUCAAGCCGCCGCCAAGGCUCUCCAACUCAGUGGCCAACCUAUGCCAAACUCCAGCCGCCCCUUCAAGCUUAACUGGGCUUCCGGCGGUGGUCUCGCCGAUCGACGAGACGACCGUGGUCCUGAGUAUUCUAUCUUCGUGGGUGAUCUUGGCCCCGAGGUCAACGAAUAUGUUCUGGUCUCGCUGUUCCAGAGCCGAUUCCCAUCUUGCAAGUCCGCUAAAAUCAUGACUGAUCCUCUUUCUGGAAUGUCCCGUGGUUACGGUUUCGUUCGAUUCUCCGAUGAGGGCGACCAGCAGCGUGCUCUGAGUGAGAUGCAGGGUGUCUACUGUGGCAACCGACCCAUGCGCAUCUCCACCGCCACUCCCAAGAACAAGGGUGGUCCCAUGGGUGCCGGACUCAAUGCUGGUAUGAACAUGCCUGGAGCUGGCGGCCCUAUGGGCUAUCCCCCUAUGGGAGGACCGCCAUUGGGCUACUAUGGACAACAGCAGGCACAGCAACCCCAGCCUAUGAACCAAUUCACAGACCCCAACAACACCACUGUCUUCGUCGGAGGUCUCUCAGGAUAUGUCACUGAGGAUGAGCUGCGUUCCUUCUUCCAAGGAUUCGGCGAGAUCACCUAUGUGAAGAUUCCUCCGGGUAAGGGAUGCGGAUUCGUUCAGUUCGUCCAACGCCACGCUGCAGAGAUGGCUAUCAACCAGAUGCAAGGCUACCCCAUUGGAAACUCCCGCGUCCGCUUGAGCUGGGGCCGCAGCCAGAACAACUCUGGACCUGCUGGCACCCCCUACCGACCCGCCCCUCCCCCACCCAUCUAUCCAUCAAUGGGUGGGAUGCCCCCUGCACACUCGUACGGCAACUACGCCCCUAUGAAGUGAUUUAAUGAAAUGUCGGCGCAGCAGGCGUUCAUUCAUUGCCGUCCACUUUUUUGUUGAAACGAAACGCCGCCUUUUCUUAUGUCCCUGAAGCAACGCAGUCGAGGUUUUAGCGUCAUCGUUGGAUGGGAGGUGGUUUGUCAAACAAAAGUUUCGUCGUUUUCACUUGACGAACCCCGCUUUGCUCUCACAAUUUUUCCGAUUGUCACUUGGCUAUGUGUACAACAUCAACAACAUGGCAUUCGAUUUCUAGUCACCAAGACGAUCCCAACGAACAUGUGCAUGCGCUGGAAAACGGUAACGGCAUGAUAGUGGGGGCAUGGGCAACCGAGCGUUGAAGAUGGGUGAUGACCGCUGCUCGUGCCUGGAUGUAGACGUGGACGACUCCAGCUGGCGGAGAAGACUUUCCUUAUUGUUUCAUUCUUUCCUUAGUCACGUUGACCGACGAAAACGUCUUUUUGGCCACGAAGCCAGAAGCAUGGAUACCAAGAGGUAACCCUGACCUUUUCCUUCAAAAAGGAGUCUGGCAUCAAGCAUACGAUACAUGACAGUGCUACCAUGAAAACCAAUUGACCAUUAAGUAAUGUCACAUGUGCCAACCCACAUGCUGACUUUGGUUGAAUCAUAAUUACAUCCAUGGAGCUGAG